GCAAUGUUGUGUCCUCUGUCUCUCAACUGUCAAGGAACUCCUGUAACCCUGGACCAGGAGGACCCUGCGAUCACACAACUACCACCUCCCAUCACACCUCAGGUAGUUUCCAAACCUGAGACAUUGGAGUCCCCAAUGAAAUUUUCAAUUCUUCUUUCCCCAAUAUCUCCAGAACCAAGGAUUGAUGUGACACCCGACACUACUCUCAAUACAAUCAACUACGACUUCGACCUCUCUGACUUGAGUGCAGACAACAGCACUGCUGAUGACAUAGAAGAGUUUCAACCAACUGGGUUACAUUCUGUGGAGACAGCUUCGCUACAAUCUCUUGACUUCUACACCUAUCACCCCACAGAGUUACCAGCCCCAACCUCCACCACUCACACGUCUGACACCAAGACUAGUGUGCCUAUUCAGUUACCAAUGAUGACCGCUAACUCAUCACUGCUGGACACUAGUGAGUCACCAUCCCAACCACACACACUCCCCUCUCCCCUCAAGCCAGUCCCUGCAUCUUCUGAAUACCAGGGAUUCUCUACCCAAGGCUGGCAAAUACCAAGCAUCCCUUGUGAGACUGGGGUGACUCCUGCUCCGGCACCACCCAAGUCAAAGUCUAAUGACAAGAUUGUCAAAGCCCUCAGUGGUGUCAUGGAUACGUUUGACAACCUUCUAUAACUAGACUGUGUAGUUGUUAUCUUACCAAAUAUAUUUAUUUGAUCUACAAGUUAACUAAGAUUUGUAGUAUUGCAA